AUGAGUCGACGAAGAGCACCUGUGAAGAGCGACCGUAUCGAGGAACUCGGCGAUGAGGAGGUCAUCACCCGAGUCGAAACCAACGUGUCUUAUUCCACAACCAUCCCCACCAAGAAGACUGCUUCUUCGAAUACCACAGACAAUGGAUUCUCUCUGUUUGACAUCAUCAGAUCACUGGGCUUUCUGCUCUUUCUGGGUGCCACUCUGAGCUACUACAUUACUGGAACCUGGGCCUGGGGCUACGAGACUCAGCUGACGAACCCUGCGUAUCUUCGACAUUCCUUCAAACACAACAUUUUGGGCGCACCUUACCUGAAUCUUACAGAUGAUCAACUGAGUGUUUACGAUGGAACUAGGGCUGGAGAACCCAUUUAUGUUGGUGUUGGAGGCAAGGUCUACGACGUCUCAGCCAACCCCUUGACCUAUGGACCCGGUGGCCCCUACCACUUCUUUGCUGGACGAGAUGCUGCCCGAGCCUUUUCAACCGGCUGUUUCCAGACUGAUCUGACCUGGGAUGUCCGUGGUCUGGACCCCGACACUGUGGCGAAGGACAUCCGAGGCUGGCAGCGAUUCUUUGAGAAGAACAAAAAGUACUUCUACGUUGGCCAGGUUGUGCAUCCUGAGCCCAGCGGUGAGCCUCCAAAGUUCUGCCAGGGUCAAAAAAUGCCUGGAGGAAGGCAUUAA